GCGGGAGCCGCAGAUGGCAGCAGCAUCUGUUUGUUUACUAGUGUAGUAGCAGACGCCAUCACGGGAGGACGUGCGCCUGCGCCGCCCCCUGGCUUCCGUAACUCGCCUUCGUUGAUGGCCCAUGCAAACGAAAAAAAAAAGAUCUUGGCAAAACUUCAACGUACAUCAUUAUGGGACAAUUAUUAUAGUGUGUUCGAAAAUUCUCAUUGAAGUCGUUUUUCUCGGUGAACAUCAAGUUAGCAUCCAGAAAGUGAACUGUGUAUGACAUUUAAAAUAUUUCAACGAUUACUUCUACUUAAGUCCUGUACAGUAAUAAAAAAAGCAACUGUUAGACUUAUCAUUGUGAAUUAUGUCAAGAUUUUAUUAAAUUUACUGCAAUUUUAGUAAUUAUAAUUUAUUGCAAAUUAAUAUUAUAGUAAAUAUUUAUUAUUUAUUUGGAUUUUUUGGGCUUAUACAUAAAUGGAAAAUGUAUGUGAUAAAACAAGCAAAAUCUUAUGGUAGGAUUAUCACUUGUACGCCCUAAAUUUAAAUAAAUACUGUGCAUAAAUGCUAAUACAGUACAUAUUUAUAUAAAUGCAGAAACAUGCUUAUACAGUAUAAAAUAAUAAAAAAAUCAUGAAAUCCUUUUAAAAGUAUGAUGCUUUUAUCACACUCUGCUUUUAGUGAAGAAAAAGCUAAAUAAGUGAAAAUAUAAACUCGGCCACUGAUACAUUAUCAAGAUAACCAGAUACUAUACUCAAAACAUAGAUCGUAAUAAUUAAUAGCAAGCAUAAAAAUGGCAGUAACGGGUGAAGCAGAAGAGCCUAUGAUAGAGGAAGGAGCCCAUUCCGUUGUCCUUUCCGCCAACAACAGUGGUCAGGUAGAGGAAAAUAGGCCUACUGUUCGAUUAAAAGGCGGUGCAGAGGCUACACCUCUAACAGAGUUCUCGGCUAUGGAGAAUGGUCACGUACAAGCAAUGGUUUCGGAUGAGCCCACCAUAGCAGAAAAAGUUGCCAUGGAAAAUUAUGAUGUCCCAGCUCAUGUCCUUGCCUUUGUCCCACCUGAUGGAGGGUGCCGGGCAUGGCUUGUUAUGUUUGCUUCCUUCCUCUGCAAUGGAAUUAUAUUCGGUACAAUAAAUUCAAGUGGCUUGAUUUAUAAUGAUCUUGUGAAAAAACUUGAAGAUGCUGGGGACCCUAAUGCUGCAUUUAAGACAUCUAUGAUGACAUCGUUGGCCAUUGGGUCAACAUUCCUGUUAUCGGUAGUGGCGGGAGUGCUGACAGACAAUUUGGGUAUUCGUCUCACCACCUUUAUCGGUGGAGCCAUAGCUACUGCUGGCAUGUUCAUCUCUUCCUUCUUCUCUGAUAAAGUUGAAGUGCUCAUGAUCACCUAUGGUUUAAUGUUUGGUGGUGGAGCAUCACUAGCAUAUACUCCCUCGCUGGUCAUCUUGGGACAUUAUUUUCAACGUUGGAUGGGCAUUGUGAAUGGUUUUGUAACAGCUGGUUCUUCAGUCUUCACGAUUGCUUUACCUUUCAUCCUGCCAUAUAUUCUCAACAUAGGCCUACAAACAACCUUUCAGGUUUUGGCUGGGCUGAAUGCUUUCCUCAUGCUGGCUGCCUUGGUGUUCAAGCCUCUGAUGCCCAUCCUACCUCAGACAAGACCUAAGUAUGAAAACACAUGCAAAGGACACUGCAAGAGCUUCUGGUCGCGUAUUAUAAAUUUUGACAUUUGGAAAAAUAAGCGAUAUGUUAUAUGGACUUUGGCAAUUCCAUCAGCUUUGUUUGGCUACUUCGUUCCCUAUGUUCACUUGGUAAAAUAUGUGAAGUACGUGCUCGGUGAUGAUGUAAACUCUCAGCUGCUAGUCCAGUGUAUGGGUAUUACGUCUGGACUUGGUCGCAUCUUCUUUGGUUUGAUUGCAGAUCGGCCAUGGGUUAAUCGAAUUAUCUUACAGCAGAUCUCGUUCUUCUGUAUUGGUACCUUGACCAUGCUGCUGACUGCCUCAAAUGCCAUGCCCUUCUUCAUUGUAAUUGCUUUGGGCAUGGGACUAUUUGAUGGCUGCUUCAUUUCCCUUCUUGGACCCAUUGCCUUUGAUAUUGUUGGACCUGUAGGAGCCUCACAAGCAAUUGGAUGUCUCCUAGCCAUGUGCUCCAUACCACUCACCUGUGGUCCAGCUAUUGCUGGUGCUCUGUAUGAUCAUCUGCAUAGUUACUUGAUACCAUUUCUCUGCGCUGGUAUUCCUCCUAUCAUUGGAGCUAUGGUCCUCUUUGCUGUCAGCUGUGCCAAACAGCCACCCAAGGGAACACCAGGAUCACCUGUGCGAGAGUCUACAGAGAAGCAAAACAAUGCAGCUGCAGUAGAAGAUCCUAAAGAAACUCAGAGACUCAUGACAGCUGGCAAACAGAAGAAGUCGGCACGAAAGGAUUACCGUAUCAGCAAUGGUGAUAUAAGUGAGCCACGUCCCCUGUCAACUAGCACAUCGGAUGAUGCCGUCAAAGUGGAUGUACGCCGCUUAGCAGCACUCCAGAGAGAGAGUUGUGUAUAGCUGCACUGAAGUGUCGUGAGGCCAUUCACCGUGCUGAAUUUUAUGGAUAGGAGUAUGACUAUUAAAUAACAUUUUGAUUAUAAACAUUUUAGUAACUUAGUUAUUCUUGCAAAUAAAAACCUGAUAUGCUUGUAAAAAUUAAUGACGUACUGUACAGUAUAGCAAUUUAAUUCUUAAGGUUUGUAUAGAUACCGAUAUACAUACAUUGUAAUAUAAAAUAUACAAUUCAAUAGCUGAUACGUUCAUCAAUUUUAUGCAUUGUAAGAACAUACAUAAUAUAUGGUGUUAUGAAUUUGUUUAGUCAGUGAGCAAAAUAACGAUCUCAGUCUCAACUUUUCCAUUGCAAUUUUUUAGAUUUUGUAAAUGGAUAUGAAACGAUUUUCAUAGAUGGUUCAGCUAUUUAAAAGUCCUACAUUGUAGUGCACAUGACAAAAAAAAUUUAAACCAAAGUUAAAAAAUAAAAAAAAAUAAAUAAUAGCAUAUGGUGAUUGGAAUAUGGGAGAUAAUUGCAAAUGGAGAUGGGAUUAAGGUGUAAAUUUUGUAUUAUUUAUUAUUAUUUAUGUGUGCCUAUUACUCGAUAAUUCAUUCUCUUAGGGUAUUGUUCUGUGUAAAUAUAAAUAUAAUAAUUUCCACUAAAAUUUAAACUUGUAGAUUGAUAGAUAGAACAAGACAUUUUUUUUUAAAUAAAGAACAAAAACUAAUUUAACUACCUGACCUCUUACUGCUAUUAAUUCUGCCCAACAUAUAUAUAAAACUAGACCUAAGUAAGUUAUUCAUGUAGUCAAUAUUACAUGCACAAUGAAGCUACAAUAAGAUAUAUCUAUGAUAUACAGUACAUCAAGGGCCAAUUAAUAUGAUAGAAAUAUUUGAAAAUAUACAAAAUCACUCUGGCUGUUAGGCAAAACAGUCUUUACUUACUUAGCCUAAUUAUUAGCAUUUGUGGCUAAUAUCAUAUACAUACUGUAUAAUAUAUAUACAGUAUAUAUUAUAUAUUUGGUAUAUAUUAUAUUGUGCACAUAUUUUUACACUGAUAGAUGUGUAAUAAGUAUGAUUUUAGAGUUAGUCUAAAGUAAAUUUUAGGACCUAGUUUUUUAUCACUUCUAUGCAUGUCACCUUUCAUAAGAUUAUGUAAUUUCUGAGAGAAAGUAAUUUUUUACUAGAACAAUUAACAUCCAGAUAAUACAUGUGGAACAGCAGUGCAGUUUAAUUAGGUAUCAGUGCAAAUUUACUAUAAUAUAAAUAUAUGGAAUAUGGUAUUG